UAAAACAGUUGAUAGAACUGUACCUGUUAACUGCAAGACAUGAAAGCUUUAAGUCUGAUUUUCCUUGUAUUUGUGUCUUUUACAUUUAUACAUUGUAAAAUAGCGCCUCUUUAUAAAGCAAAAACGCCUCUUGUAAGAUCUACAUUAAGUAAUGGAUAUAAUUAUGUUAGGAAUUACAUUAUCGUAUUGAAGAGGGAUAAACUUAUUAAUAAUCUAUUGGGUGAAGUUGCUUAUACAUUUUCAAGAGAAUAUCAUUUUCAACCAAAUUUUACAUUCUCUCUCGGAGAUUUUGGAGGGUAUGUUAUUGAAGAGAGAGUUGUUCAGGAUUAUUUGAGCUUAAUAAGAAAUUUGGAUGUCGUUGAAUACAUAGAAGAAGAUGCUGAAAUUCAAGCUUAUGUACCAACAACUUCAAAGCCACAAGCCGAUUGUAUCCACCAGAAAUCGGGAGAAGAACUUUGGGGUUUAUCGAGAAUAAGUAGACAUGCGUCUCCCAGCAGCUUUCAAGGAUCAUCUUACAGAUACAGCAACGUUGACAGCGGAAAGGGUGUUACAAUAUACGUUGUCGAUUCUGGUGUUAACAUCAACCACGAUGAUUUCGGGACACAGGCUUCUCAGGGCUUCACUGCAACUUGGUUACACAACUUAGAAGGCCCAGAAGAUAAGAAUGGUCAUGGAACACACGUUGCUGGAAUAGCGGCCGGUUCAAAACACGGUGUUGCUAAAGAAGCUAGUGUUGUGGCGGUCAAAGUUCUAAAUUCUGAGGGAGCUGGGCAAUUAGCAAAUUUAAUUGAAGGUAUUGACUGGAUGGUUGACGAUUUUAAAAAGAAAAAAUCAGCAAAUAAAAAGGCUAAAGCUGUAGCAAAUCUAAGCUUAGGCUUAUCGGCAUCAGGACAAUCGGUAACAUUGGAAAGAUGCUUGAGAGAAGCCGUUAAUUUAGGAAUACCUGUCGCAGUUGCAGCUGGAAAUGAUCGGAGCGAUGCGUGCUAUUGGUCUCCCGCUAGAAUGAACGAAGUAAUAACUGUUGGUGCAACAGAUAAGGCAGACAGAAUAUCACACUUUUCAAAUUAUGGAAGCUGUUUAGAUAUUUUUGCUCCUGGAGAAAGUAUUAAGUCCACCUAUCAUACCACUAACACAGCAACGAAUACCUUACAAGGAACUUCAAUGGCUUCUCCAUUUGUUGCAGGCGUUAUGGCUCGCUAUUUAAGCUAUCAUGAUGAAAGUAUAAAACCAGCGAAAGUUUACGAAUGGCUGUUGAGUGUCUCUUCUCAAGAUACAAUAGACUUCAGAUACAGCUACAUAAAACAAAGUUCUCCGAACAAAAUGUUAUAUAUGGGAUGCGGUGGUGAUUUAUCCGCUUCAUAUUCACCUAGAUUAAUUCCCACAGUCUUCCUUAUGAUGCUAUCUCUCAUAAACUAUUACUUUGUUGUGGGUAAUGUGAAGGAAUAAAUAAACAGUUAGAGUAUAUACACCGAUGAAUAUAUAUCUUGAAUACACAUUUUUACUGAGGACUUUGUAAUGAAAAA